UCCAAGAUGGCAGCCAGCAGCAGCAGCACGGGCAGCAAGCCGAACAGCGUCUCCGGAGGGAAACCGGCCGGCCCUUCCGCGGAGCAGGUGGUGUCCACGUUCCAGAGGAUGCGUCAGGAACAACGUGGCAUGGCUUCUAAAGCUGCUGAGCUGGAGAUGGACAUCAACGAGCACAGCUUGGUGAUCGACACGCUGAGGGAAGUGGAUGCUUCGAGGAAAUGCUUUCGCCUGGUGGGAGGAGUUCUGGUGGAGAGAACAGUGAAGGAAGUUCUACCAGCCCUGGAGAACAACAAAGAACAGAUCUCCAAAAUAAUCGAGAGCAUCAACACAAAAAUGCAGUCGAAAGGACGGGAGCUCACCGAGUACAGGGAGCGCUACAACAUCCGGCUGGUGGGGGAGGGGGAGGGGGAGACGGGGGCGUCGGCCGGGGACAGCGAAGGAGGCGGCUCCAAAAGCGGUGCUGGCGUUUUAGUGUCAUAGUUUCUAAGGACAUUUGGAGACAAUAGGGCCUUAUGAUUUCUGCAGUACUGAAAACAUAGUUAGUCACAAAAUGUGAACUGUUUACAGGAAAACAGUGAAUUUGGAAACUCCUGCUAAACACUUGGUUUGGUAACUUAGCAACAGACACAAAUUCAAAGUGUACGUUGUGCUUUUCUUAUGCAUGUUCAGCGUGAAUGCAACAAAUUCAACUUGUGAGUCAUUUGCCAUUUAUCAAAGCGGAAAUAUUGUGAGUUCAACACGAGUUAACAUUUUCUGAAGUUAAGACUUUUGGUUAGAAACUUUCAGGCUGGUUUCUUUUGGCCCUUGAGGAGGUAGAAGUCCCAGAAUGCAUUGUGACAACACGACCUGCGAGCGUGAACAAGAGUUAAACUGUAAACAAUGAAUCUUCAGGCUCUAUUCAACCUUUGUGACUUUUUGUUAUGCUCGACCCUGAAGUUGUCUCCACACAAAGGUGAUGCAUUGAAAAGCUGCUGGUUCGUGUCCAUAAUGCUGAUGUGAGGUCGGGGGUGUGGCCUGCUGUGACACAACGUCAUUUAAAGUUCCAUAAAACUUGUUUUGUUCUUCUGACCUGUAGCACAGUCACAUUGAAACGCCCCCUGGUGGAUGUUGUGCACUCUGUUCAUUUAGUUGUAAGGACAAAUGUUUCUUCAUGAUCAUGAAUUAAAAAAUUCACAGUUGUGCUCUGAUGCGUCUGAAAUACUUGUUCAAAUAAAACUGUUUACACCAUA